AUCAUCGACCAGAACGCGGGGGUGCGCGGCGCGCCCGACCUGUCCGAGUGCACCAUCAAGACGGUGGUGGUGAAGCACGCCUUCCUCAUCUCCACCGUGGUGUUCUUCCUCGGGCCCGUGUCCGUCAUCACCUGCCUGUACGUCCGCAUCGCCGUCAAGCUGCGCCAGGUCAAGCGGCACCGCAUCCGCUGCACCAACCAGGGCCAGGGCCAGGGCCACGUGUUCCGCAUCCUGGUGGCCGUGGUGGUGACCUUCUUCAUGUGCUGGGCUCCGUUCCACGCGCAGCGCCUCAUCGCCGUGUACGUGGACCCGGGCGACACGCCCGAGGAGGAGGAGCGCUUCGCCACCAUGUUCAACAUCGUCACCUACAUCUCGGGCGUGCUGUACUUCAUGUCCACCAUGAUCAACCCCAUCCUGUACCACAGCAUGUCCAACAAGUUCAAAGAGGCGUUCUGGGACACCAUCUACCGCGACUUCCACGGCUUCAACUGCAUCACCAUCCCGGAGCACUGGAAGAAGAAGCAGGAGAGCCGGUACAACACGCGGCGCGGCCAGCAGGACUGGCGCAGCAGGAACGGCGCGUCGGGCGAGCAGCAGGCCAGCGGCCGGAAGCGCCGGCAGAGCAGCAGCAUGUUCGAGCUCCAGCCCUUGGGUUCGACCGCAGCCAACACCACCACCACUACCAGCGCCAUCGUGUCUGCGGACGCCCAGUCGUCGCUCUCCGCCAGGAUGGGCAGGAGCGCCGUGGUGGACGUCAACAAGCUGCACACUGAGCUGUACCUCAACGGCGGACGGAGCGCAAGCGGGCUGCCUCCGCUGCUGCGGUCGCAGUCCAUGUACAGCACGCCCGUGGUGCAGCGCGCGCUGUGGGGUGCUGCUGGCGGCGCCCGGGGCCCGCCGCCGCGCCGCAGCCGCACCGUCGAGGUGCUCGACGACACGGUGCGGAUGCAGCUGUCCACCAAGGGGAUGCUCCUCGGCCGCAGCGAGGACGGCGACGACGCCGCCGCCCUGACAGCCGCCACCACCCUGACGGCCGCCCCCACCGCCCGCGUCGCCGGGAUGCUCACGCUCGAGCUCCCCGUCAACCGGGACCUGCCGCAGGGGAAGCGCGCCGCGAAGGACGCCCUGCUGGACGCGUCGGCCCUGGACGCCAUCGUGCCGUACCCGGCGACGCCGUCCCCGCCCGGGUCUGCGCCGCCCAGCCCCGCCUACGUGCCGCUGCACAGCCGCAGCGCCUCGCCCGCCUCUCCCGCCACCACCCCGGUGUACGUCGUGCGCGGCGGGCCCCCCGACUCGCCGCCCUACCUGCCACCCAGGGUCGUGGAGCUCUACCGCAAGAACGAGGCCGUCCCUGAGCCCGGCUGGGUCUGAGGCGUAUGCGUCGCUGCCCCGCAAAACACUUUUUGUUUGCGACCUUGUGAUAUAUUAUUUAUUAUUAAAUUCGCGCGGGCUCCUGGUCAAAGACAUUCCUCUCUGGCUCUAGUUAGCUCCACUGGCCAGAACUAUACUGUGAUCUCAGGACACACGCAACAACAAACAAAAAGCUGUGACAUUUUGACCCGGCCAAAUACUUUCCUCGCCCUCAAAUUUUGAAAAAAGAGGAAAUCAAACGAUCUGCCGAGCCAAACGAGCACUCGUCGACUGAUCUCUGCCUUUUGGCCAAAGCGAAGGUUGUGAUGUUUACUAAUUAUAAAAGGGGCAACGCGCAGGUCCCUGUGGUGUGGUUGUCUUUGAACCAUGUUGAACUAAACGUUCACUUGAUUGCUCCAAACUUACCUGAUACCUGACUUAUCGUAGGUGUAUGUGUGUGUGUGUGUCGUAGUUUAAAAGUGUUAAAAAUCAUCAUCGAAAUGAUUCACAGUGUACACUGCACAAUUAGGGUGUGGUUGUCUCGUACUACCUUCCUGGCAGUCGUAGUCUCUCUGUCUUAUGUGUGUUUAUGGCCUUGCUGUAUUGAGUGUUUGUUUUAAAAUCCGAUGCCUCCUAACGACAAAGUUCGAUCUUCAACGGCACGGUUACACAAAGUUCGAUCUUCAGCGGCCCGGUUACACAAAGUUCGAUCUGCGGCGGCCCGGUUACACAAAGUCCGAUGUGCAGCGGCACGGUUACACAAAGUUCGAUCUGCUUUUCGCCGCUCGCGGGAGUCGCAAGUUUAGACCUCUACCACAGUCUUGUUGCGAUAGCAUUCAGUUUUUUCUUUGGAGUAUGUUCUUCUUUGAUCUUUUACAAACAUGAAGCAGUUUUUACUUUUUUUCUAUCGGCAAUAUUUUCGAGAAUAUGAAUACAUUUAGGCUGCGCUGCAGAAACCGCCGGAAUGUAGAUCGAACUUUGUGUAAACCGGGCCGCCGCAGAUCGAACUUUGUGUAACCGGGCCGCUGAAGAUCGAACUUUGUGUAACCGUGCCGCUGAAGAUAGAACUUUGUCGUUAGGAGGCAUCGAAUCGUUAUACUAUACUUCUCUGUAUCGAACAAUUGAAAAACACCGACGGUUUCAAUUGUUCUCCAUCGCUCUCUAGCUUUGUCUAUUUUCCGUCGUCUACUACUUUCGGCCAGAACAAAAAAAAAGAAAGAAAAGACAACAACAACAUCAACAACAACAACAACAACAACAACAACAACAACAACAACAACAACAAACGAAAACAAAACAUAAAACCUUUGCACUAUUUUUUCCUUGUAUUUUUCUAUUCCUUGCCUGUGUGCCAAAAUAAAAAAAGACAUCUUGUCGAAUUUCCUUA